AUGAGCCCGGAUUUGGCCUGGUCACUCAACAAUCUAUGUCGGGCUCUUUCCAAACUCAGACGGCACUCGGAGGUACUCCCAUCCGUCAAGGAGUGCGUCAAAUUCUACCGCGAGCUAGUUACCCGCUCUUCCCCAUCUCAUAUGCACUCGGAGGCCCCCAUUCAUGGAGGAAGUGUCAAAUUUGCUCUUUCCGAUCUCGGACGGCACGAGGAGGCGCUCCCAUUCAUCGAGGAAAGCGUCAAACUCUACCGCGAGCUAGUUGCCAAUGACCCAGAUCAUACGCCCCAGAUUUGGCCGAGCCGCUCAACAGCCUAUGUUCCACUCUUUCCGAUCUCGGACGGCACAAAGGGGCGCCCUUAUUAUUAG